ACAACACUACCGGCUCUCAACUCUCGGCCAUGAACCUCUGAUGAUGCUCAAAUGACCCAGGCGAAACUAAUUGGAAGCUAGCAAGCUUUGUUAACUUCUGAAGCCGCCCAAAAUCAGAAUUUUGUUUUUUUCCUAUUUUUCAGGCCCUAUAUAUGACGAACACGAAUGGUAUAAUUAAAUAUGGUGAGGGAGCGAUGGAGCUAAUUCAACAUUUCAGCCACCCACAUCCCUUGUUGUUGAGCCUCGAUGGAUCAGUACUAGAUCAUGAUCAUCGGUAUGAUUUAUGUGGAUUGUGUAAGGAAAGAAUAUCAUCAGGUACUCCUUGUUACGGAUGUAAAGAUGGGUGCAAGUAUUUCUACAUACAUAAAUCAUGUGCCGAAUUACCCCACCAGUUGAAGCACCCACUCCACCCCAAACAUGAUCCUCUUACUCUCAUAAAUCCCGUGGAAACUACGAAAUCAAUAGAAGAUCAAUCAUGUAACAGUUGCGGAAGAUUUGAAUGGUGGUAUCCGUCCGCAUACACUUGUUCUGGUUGUACGUUCAAUCUUUGCAUUAAAUGCGCUUCGCUUUCACUAACCACAAAAGUUGAUAUUCACGAUCAUCCAUUGACCCUUAUGCAGAAAUCCACCCAAUUCAUUUGUGAUCAUUGUGAGAAAGAAGGGAAGGGAAUGUUUUAUUUUUGUGCUGCUUGUUCGUUUAUGGUCCACCCGGAAUGUACUCUUUCACCAUUGGUUGUACGACCACCCAUCAUAAAGGCCGACAUUCAUGAUGAAGACCAUCCAUUGACACUUGUGCAAAGAUUUCUGAUCUCCCUCACUUGCAAUGCUUGUGGGAAUGACAUUAAGGGCAGGUUUUACUUUUGUGACAAAUGUUCAUUUGUGGUCCACCUAGAAUGUGCUUCCUUACCAUCGGUUGUCAAAGUUAUACGGCACGACCACCCUCUCAACCUCAUUUACUCUCUUCCAGCCAUUAAUCCAUUGAGCCUGCAUAGUGUUUGCCAACUAUGUGUUAAAAUGGUAGACAUAGACUACGGUGUUUAUUAUUGCUCAACUUGUGAUUUUGUUGCCCACCUUCAUUGUGCUACAAGCAAGGAAGAGAAAGAUGAAACGUUUAUGCAGAAUUCUAAAGAUGAAGAAUCUAUUGAGUCAUCGACAAGUAUGUUGGAACAUGGGAUUGAUGAAUCCACAGACAUGUUCCCAUACGUUGUUAAAAAGUUCAAACCAGGUGUAGAUGGGAUUGAAAUAGCUGCAGAAAUCAAACAUUUUAGUCAUGAGCAUGACUUAAAACUCACUGCCAAGUUUGGGAUCAACGAAAAGUGUGAUGCCUGUACACGCUACAUCUUUACUCCAUAUUAUGCUUGUGCUCAGUGUAGAUUCUUUCUUCACAAACAUUGUGCUGAAUUAAGUCGAAGAAUGAGACAUCCACUUCAUCGACACCCUCUUAUGCUCCUCCCAAGGGCAACUUAUGAUAGUGAUGGUUCUUUUGGAUGUGAUGCUUGUCGUCGUCAUCCAUGUAAUGGCUUCACUUAUAAUUGUGAAGAAUGUCUAUUUAACCUUGAUGUUCAGUGCAGUUUACUCCCAUAUAAUAAAUUCACACAUGAUAGUCACGAGCACGGACUUAUUUUUUCUAGGUUACCAAAAGGUAGAAAGUGUAAUAAUUGUGAUUCAGAUGAAGAAAUUCAUUUCUGUUGUGCUGAUAAUUGUGGAUUCGCAUUGGACUUCAAGUGUUUAACAAUGCCGCAUACAAUGUGGUAUGAACAACAUGAACACCCAUUCACUCUUUGUUAUGCUCCAGAAGAUGAUUCGGGGGAAUAUUAUUGUGAUAUUUGCGAAAAAGAACGAGACCCGAGGUGUUGGUUCUACUAUUGUACAGAUUGUAUUUAUCCUGCUCAUCCGGAAUGUAUUCUUGGAAGAUUUCCAAAUAUCAAGUUUGGGAAAACUCACACAAUUGAUAACCAUCAACAUCCUCUUGCUUUUGUCCAUAAGACUUCCGGCCAUGGCCGUGAGUUUUGCAAGGUUUGUGUUGGUCGUAUGUAUUUAGACGUAGUUUAUGAAUGUGCCAAGUGUAAUUUCAUUGUUCACAAAUGGUGCUUAGACGAAAUAGGAACAAGUAAGGGAUAGUUACUUUUUUCUUUACUUGGGCUUUUAUUUAAACUGAAUAGCCUCGCAAGUUACUUAUUUCUACGGUCUACCAUAUUGUAAUAAUAGGAAGAAGUACUGUUUUAA